AUGGUGUGGAAGCUCGUUUGGGCCGUCGACGGCGUCAAGCAGAAAGAGCACGGAAGCCAACAUCAUCUGUCCAUCAGACCAUUUAUCAAGUUCGAGGAGCCCGAAAAUGAAUCCUUCACUCUUCUUGAGGUCAACCACGAGGCUCGCGCGGCCGCCCUUCGCGACAACCGAUAUGCCAUUGUUCCUGUUCUGGGAAAGAAAAUUCGAGCGAUUGUGAAACAAUCGCUGGAUUUCUUUAACCCCGACGAAGCCAGCUUGUUCCGUCUUGUGCAAGGUUGGGGGUCUGCUCAGGGCCCCGUCAAUUCGAUUACACUUGCAGAUGAUAUGAGCUUCGUUCGGAACGGUAUCAUGAGACAAAGUAGCUUUGAGACUAAGAUCACGAAGGGAGAAAACUACACUCUUUCGCCAGUCAUUUCCACCUUUUAAUGGAAGAAUAGAUGGCCAGAGUAUCACCGCUGGCCACGCGCACAGAGUUUGUUAUAUUCCCUCGAGACGAUCUCGCGAGCCUAUCUUCGGAGCGCCCAAGAUAUAUACAUCGAGAAGGAAGACUACUCCUCAGACUCUUCACCCAUCUACGGCACACACAACCUUCAAAUGCUCUACAAGGUUUAUGCCUUGAUGUACUCCUCGACCAGGGCCGUCGGGGAGGUAGUCCACUUCAUGCGACGGGGACCGCGCGCACACGGCGGAGCAAUCAUCGCCUCUAACAACUACUACUGUCGUAACCCAGCAGCCUGGCGUAUGGUCCACAAUCUCGCUAUUUCACACAGAGCCGGGAUGCAGUCAUGACAGGUUGGCCAGUUCACCCACUCUGGUGUUUACAUGCCAACUGCCGGCCCAAGGGUUCACCUAGUUUCCCCUUGGUCGAUACCCACCGCCGAUCAUGGUUACACCGGGCUUUCAAGCACUGGACAUGACCUCAUACUCGUUUCGCCCUCCAUGCCUGGAGGAUGAGCCCUCCAACGAGCUCGCUCUCGCAAUCACCCACUCCCGCCAGGUUCGUCCCGUCCAUCUCUCGCGAUCCCCUGGCCGCUCUGAACGAAGCAGACAGCAUCGCCAGCGUGCCGACCACCCUUCCCCUGAGACAAACUCCCCAAG